CCUCCGUAGUCCGGAAGCCCGGGCCGCCCAGCCCAGCCGGCCGCUGCCCCUCGGCCCCGUCAACCGCCGCCGCCGCCAUGGCUGACUACUGGAAGUCACAACCAAAAAAAUUUUGUGAUUACUGCAAGUGCUGGAUAGCAGACAACAGGCCUAGUGUUGAAUUUCAUGAACGAGGAAAGAACCAUAAGGAAAAUGUUGCAAAGAGGAUCAGUGAGAUUAAACAGAAAAGCCUGGAAAAGGCAAAAGAAGAAGAAAAAGCAUCAAAAGAGUUUGCAGCUAUGGAGGCUGCUGCUCUGAAAGCAUACCAGGAGGAUUUGAAAAGGCUUGGAAUCGAUUCAGAAAUUACAGCUCCCAGCAUAACACCAGUAGCAACCCACACCGUAGCAACCCGCACUAUCUCACCCAGCACAGCACCAAGUCAGCCGAAAGAAAAGAAAAAGAAGAAGAAAGACCCUUCCAAUAAGCCAUCAGUUGGAGCUCAUCAGUGGAUAGAAGGCAUGUCCUCCGAGGGCUACCAUUAUUACUACAACACCGUGACAGGAGACUCUCAAUGGGAUAAACCUGAAGGAUUCCAAGAAACUUUCAGAAAGAGAACAGAAAUGCCUCUAUGGGUGGAAAGUGUAAGUGAAGAUGGCUACACAUAUUAUUAUAAUACUGAAACGGGAGAAUCCAAAUGGGAGAAACCUGAUGAUUUUGUUCCACAUGCCGACCAUUCAAAUAAUGAAGGCAUCAGUGCACUUAAAAAAUCCAUUAGCGAAUCCACUGAAGAACAAGAAAGAGAAGAGGGGGAGGAAAAAUCCGAGGCCUCUACAGAAACACAAAAGAAAAAAAUACAGUUUCGGAUAAAAAGUAAAAAGGGUAGUGAUGAAGAAACGGAGUCGGAAAUGGCAAAAGAAAAUGAAGAUGACCAAGACUCAUCAGAUCAGUCUGAAGAAAAAUCCAAAACUUCCAAAAAAGCGAACCCAUAUGGAGAAUGGGAGAGUGUUAAGCAAGAGAAGCACACUUAUGAGAAGCUGGAUUUGGAACUUCCUAGUAAGGAGAAAGAAUGUGUACCAGCUCCAGUGGCUAAUGUUAAUGGAGAGGCCAAAGUGAUAUUUAAAGAAAAGACAGUAACCUCCCUUGGAGAGGUGGCAGAAGGUGUAGCUCCGGUCUUCAAAAAAAGAAGAUUUGAAAAUGGAAAAUCUAGGAACCUAAGACAGAGAGGAGAUGAUCAGUAAUUGAACUUAAUAACAAAAACUGAGUUUCUUACCCACUGUUGGGCAGAAGGGAGCCCAUAAAUCUUUUAAAUUAUUUUUGUUCUUAAAGAUUUAGGAAUUGACAAGUUUACUGGAUCAGGUGUAAAAAGAAAUUGUAAUCUCUUUGAUGUCAGCCCUAUUUGUGUUUCUGAAAGGGAAAUCGUUACUGUAUUGUUUUUGUAUUAUAGCAGUUGUCCGAGGAUUGAAUUCUGCCGUAAAAAUGAAAUUAUUAAAAUAUGCAUAGUUAGGUCUGGACUCUAUACUCCUUUAUGUGAAUAUACAUUGCUGCAUAUGACAGUGCUUCCUCAGUACAUCAUUGUUCCAAAUUAACACCAUUCAAGUCCAACAAAAACAGAGUCCUCAGUCAGCAAGCAUAAAGUGAAUAAUUAUACCACUUAGCUUACUUAACGUGGUGUGGCUAGAGUAUGGUUGAGAGCCAGAGACCUACCUGAUCUCCCCAUCUUGAAGUAAGGAUUCCCCUGGGUUCUUUACACUGUGCCCUGAGUGUGGAGUGAAUCUAGGGUCAAAAUUAGAACCUGCCUACCAGAGAUGUUAGGUGUUGAAUAAUAUCUCAGAGCAUUAAAAAUGUCAAAAAGUUAAACCCUCUGGAAAAACAGAAAUCUGGAUAGCUUGGUGCUCAUUAUGUUGUAUAAAAUCGCAGCUAGGUAACUAUCUAAAUUUAAAUGUUGAAUGGUUAGGUGUUGGCUCCACUUGACUAAUAGCUUCCAAUGGUCUAAUAGUUGAUCAAAAUAAUCAACAUAAGAGAAUUCUAAGUUGGACCAAAUUCUACAGCCCAAAUUCCCCUUAUCCAGGUGGGGUUAAAAGAGAUGGGGGAAUGGGAGGAAGCAUAGUAGAAAGUGGAUCUGGUCUCUAACUGUUCAUCACCAUCUACUAAGACAGAGCAAAACCCUAACAGUAUCAACUGUGUGCUCUGCACACAGUAAAGCACUCAAUAAAUACUAUUGAAUGAAUGAAAAACUGAACCUCAGUGGAAAGACUCUACACUUGGAUGUCAGAGCUGAGGCCAUUCCUGUGUUAGUAUAGCUCAAAGAUCCCACCUAUAGAUGGAUUCACAUUAGCUCAAACUGACUUGAUAACGACUGCAACCUCCCCACUUAAUGUUCAAUCAAGAGUCUUCUCUUCUUGAAAGGAGGAAAGUGUGGCAGAUCCAAACUAAUUGAGUUAUCAGUUAAAAAAGAUAUGGAAGGUAGAGGUUGAUUUUUGGAAAUGUAGGUGGCUGGACUUGGCCAAUGGCUAACCACAGACCCAAGGGAAAGAGCUGAGAAUUCUUUCAGGCAAUCGGAAAAUGUUUUCUGGGUAGUUGACAUAGCGGGAAGAAUUUCCCAGUUUACCCUUUGAAGAUUAGGUUCCAUAAACUCCACAGAUAUUUUAAAAUUCAGUUUAUGAAUUACAUGGUCAUUGCCUAUGCAUUUUUCUACGUCAAAACUGGAGAUUGCCUAGUGAUAAAAGGAUAGCUUGUUAUAAGCCACAGAAACAUGAAUAAAGUGUCCACUUGUCUUUAGCCUCUGGUAAUCUGUUUCAAGCCCAUCUAAAUGGUCAGAUCUUUUCUUAUUCCAACCCCCUUUUUUUGGCUUCUAUUCAAGUAUUUUGCAAGCCUUACAUGUCUUUUGGAAAAUCAGUUAAAAGUUAUUCAUAACCCAUCAAGAACAGCAAAGUGGUACAUUUUGGUGCUUGUAGGUAUAUCCAAUUAGAAAUUAUAAUCAAAGUACAGCAAUGUUCUGUUUAGGAUUUAAAUUAUCUUAGCAAGUUUCUAAAGUUCAUUUUAGUAAUACAGCAAGGAACAACUACCUUUAGCACCAGUAGUUCUAGUUUAUUUCCAAAUUUCCAGCUAUGAGAAAAAUCCAGUACAUUAUAACUUAAAACUCACUUAAAAUAUUUGGAACCUGCAUCUUAUAAAUAAGCUUAACAUGCCUUAAUACUGCAUCACAGAAUGAAAGGUGUUUUUUUUUUUUAUAAAAGUGUGAAAAAAGCUCAUUAAUGUAUAGUCUUUUCAUAAGAAACCUUAAUAUUGUGUGUGUUUUUAAAUGGUACCUAUUAAGUGCUUACUAUGUACUAAGCACUCUACUAAGCAUUGGAAUAACAGAAGAUAAUCAGAUUGGACACAGUCCCUGUCCCUCCUGGGGCUCCCAGUCUAAUUUUCCUCCUCAGCUUAAAAUAAAUAGUAAAAUGUUAACAUUUAUACUGGUUUAUAAUUAGAGGAAAAAAAUAGUAGGGGUUAGAACAUGUGAGGCUAAAAUGUCUGGAUAUUUCAGAUGUAUUGCCCUGGAGUUAAACUGUAUGUAACCUACAGUAUUAAAGGAAUAAUGAUUUUUGAAUCAUU